AUGUCGGAGCUGGCACAGAAUGACCGGAGCUCUUCGACGAGGCCGCCGGCCGCUUUCUCCCCCCCGAGCGCGAAAGUGACUGCAAAAUCGACAGCGGGCAACCGCCCAUACCUGCCGACAUACCGCGAGGCCGUCCUCCUGGCCGCGUUUCCGGUGGUGCUGCUCUUCGGAAUGCUCUUCAGCCUAUUGUCGCCCAGCGGACGGACCGGUGUUACGGACGUCGCCAGUGUCGUCAGCUCUGCGCCGUCGUACUUUGCCCGCAAGGACAACGUGCUCAACGUCUUCUUUGUCAAGCGCGGCUGGUUCUGGAUCUCGCUCGCCUUUGCGCAGUUUGUCUUGCGGCACCCAUCCUUUACUGUUUCUGAUUCUGAGCGCAGCGUCAGCGGCACGUCCUCCUCGCACACCAUCUUUGGUUCCGGCGCGCCUCAGCCAUCAUCCGACCGCAGCUUCCGACUGACCGGUGGUAGCUGCCAGGCCGACGGUGGUCUGGGAGUGGCCGAGGCGACCUCGGCGGCGGCCACGGCUGCAGCCUCGCUGGCGGCCGUGGCCGUGGCGUCGAUGUGCAAGCGGGCGGGUGGGCGCUGGAGCGGUGGCCACGACAUCAGCGGCCACGUUUUCCUGCUGGUGCUGGGCAGCACGUUUCUGGCGCAGGAGGUUGGCUGGGUGCUGCUGCGGGCACGAGGCGAACGAGGCGAAAGCCAGAGAGGUCGUGAUGGACGCCAGCCAGAGGAUGACCGAACCAUCGUCAUGGCCGACGGCGCAAUCAAGACGGCCGAGGUCGAGGCCGAGGCCGUGUCUGCGGCUCGAUUGUCCCUGGUCGGCGUCCAGUUCGUCGGCACGAUUCUCGUCCUCUCGCUCUGGAUGCUGCUGAUGACGGCCAUCUACUUCCACACCGGGCUCGAGAAGCUUAGUGGGCUGCUCGUCGCCCUGGCCGGUCUGUAUGGCGUGUACGUGGUGCCGCGGUUCGUGCCGGCAGUACGACGGGUGGUAGGCCUGCCGGGACUGUAG